AUGAGGGUGCUGCGGACCGCGCGGUGUUUGCCGCAUCCGAGCCUUCAGAAGGGCCAAUCGGAAGAAAGCUGCCGCAACUACGUGAUGGUGCUGCAAAGCUUCGGCAGCCAGGUGUAUGUGUGCGGUACGCAUGCCUACAGCCCGCGGUGCACCGUGCGACAGAUGGAGGACCUUACGGUGCAGCGGGACGACGACGGGGUGGCUAAAUGUCCGUUCAACCCGCACGCCAACAUGACCGCACUGACGUCGGACGAAGGCCAGCUGUUUGUCGGUUCGGCGACCGACUUCUCCGGCUCCGACUCGGCCAUCCUGCGGUCGGACAUAGCGCAAAACAGCUCCCGUAUCUUGCGCACGGUCCAGUACAAUUCGGCGCUCCUCAACGAACCCCAGUUUGUGGGUAGCUUCGAGCACGGUGGCUUCAUCUACUUCGUGCUGCGCGAGGCGGCCGUGGAGUACAUGAACUGUGGCAAAAUCGUCUACUCGCGAAUCGCGCGCGUCUGCAAGAACGACCCGGGCGGUACUUACGGCAUCCUGAAGGACAACUGGACUUCGUUCGUGAAGGCUCGGCUGAACUGCUCGCUGCCGGGAGACUACCCAUUCUACUACAAUGAGGUGCAAGGCAUGGUAUAUUCGCACGACGAGGGCGUUCUGUACGCCACCUUCACCACACCGGAGAACAGCAUCCACGGAUCGGCCAUCUGCGCAUACAAUAUGUCCGCCAUCCAGGCUGCCUUUGGAGGCGCUUUCAAGCACCAGGAAUCGAAAGGUGCUGCUUGGCGUGCGCAGGAGGUCGGCAACCGCGACCACUACGAGUGCCGCCGGACAAGCGGAAGCACCGGGCGCCACAUGUCACUGAUCGAAGCAUCCAAGUACCAGCUGAUGGAUCAGGCAGUGCAGCCCCUGAUGGGACGGCCGCUGCAUCACGCAGAGCUCGAGCGCUUCAGUCACAUCGCGAUCGACAUCAUCCCGACGAAGCUGCACGAACGGGUCCACAUUAUGUACGUGGCGACGAGCGCGGGGCACAUCAAGAAGGUGACAGUAUUGCCGCGCACGAAAGAAACGUGCGUGAUCGAGAUCUGGCAACCGGAGGCGCUGCCCGAGACGCGCAUACGCACGCUGCAGUACGUGAAGGACACGGAAUCACUGUACGUUGCCACGGACCUGGCACUGAUGCGCAUUCCCUCCAACCACUGCGGACGCCACCUGUCACGGAGCAGUUGCCUCAACGCGAUGGACCCGUACUGCGGGUGGAACGAGCUGCAGGAAGCGUGUACGGUCGCACCGAACGGGGACACGCUGGCAAAGUAUUGGGUGCAGAAUGCGACCGAGUGCCCCGUACUGACGGCACCAGUUGACGGCGGCUGGUCGGCGUGGUCCGAGUGGUUCAAGUGUGCCCAGGUCAACGGGCAGCAACCGAUGCCGAUCGGCGUUGGGGAGAACUUCGCCCCCAACACGGACACGUGCCUUUGCAGGACGCGCACCUGUAAUAAUCCUCCCCCGACGAACGGUGGCCAAGGGUGCGGUGGAAUGCACAUUGCCGUCACGAACUGCACCGUGCACGGCGGGUGGACAGAGUGGUCGGCUUGGUCCGCUUGUUCGCAGACCUGCGGUAUGGCGGUGAAGACACGGCGCCGCACCUGCGGGAACCCGAAGCCGGCGCACGGAGGCCGAGUGUGCGUGGGUCAGGAUCGGGCCGAAAUCUACUGCUCCCAUCUUCCGCCCUGCCCGGCCCCGAAACAACCGCCGGUGGACGGCGGAUGGGGCCCAUACGGAGACUUUGGCGAGUGUAGUGCCGUCUGUGGCGGUGGAUUCCGGAUCCGUCGCCGUAAGUGCGACAAUCCGGUCCCGCAGAACGGUGGCAUGGACUGCUCCGGAUGUCACUUCGACUACGAGGUGUGUAACACGCAACCGUGCCCGGACGUACGCAAGGCUGGCACCUGGACCCCGUGGCUCACGGUGGCCAAUGGGUCAUCCGGUGGUGGAUACGUAGAGAAGCGGUUCCGCUUUACCUGUAAGGCACCGAUCGCGGACUCGGCGUUGCUUAAGAUUACGCCCAGGGAGGAGAUGCGGGUAUGCCAACCGGAUGGCUCCUGUCAACGAUCGGUCGAUCCGAAUGCGUUGACCGGCGCUGGAGGCGGAAUGGCCGGUGAGGAAGGUGACGAUGGUUGGAGCGAGUGGAGCUCCUGGAGUCCGUGUAGCGCGUCCUGCGGUGGUGGACAACAGUAUCGGACCCGCAGCUGUGAAAAGCUCGACUGUGUCGGGUUCAACCGGACGAAGCGGGCCUGCAACACGCAACCGUGCAAAGGUGAAUGGGGUUGCUGGUCCGACUGGACCCCGUGCUCCGUGAGCUGUGGUUCCGGAACACGAUCCCGCACCCGGCAGUGCCUCUCCAUGGCCGGUGGCAUUGCGCUGGAAAACGACUGUGAGGGCAAGAGUCUCCAGUACGAGUCAUGCGAGAUGCCCAGCUGUGACUCAUUCCUCGGUUGGGGCGAAUGGAGCGAAUGGUCGGUGUGCAACGCAGACAACGAAAAGGUACGGACCCGCAUCUGCCUCCAGCCUCACUCCGUUUCGUCCACCGGCGAGCUCACGUGUCUGGGAAGCGAUCGUGAAAUUCGCGCCUGUGGCAACAUACAAUCAAUCAAUGUAGGUGGUCCGCAGCCACCGGUGGCCCGAGCCUCCGCGGGGUCGUUCAUGAUCAUCGCUAUCGUCAUCCUGGCAACGGCAUUCGUUUGCUGUCCGAUUACUUGGUUCGCCACGAUGCAGUACACGAAACGUAAAGCGAAGGGUCUGAAGGCCAUCCAGGGUUCGCCGUGCUACGGGUCCUACCCGAACCAGUACUCCUCGCUACCGACGAAAGAUUACACGGAUGGGAGCCACAAACCGAAACGACAGUCGUCCUUCAAGGGACCUCGCAACGAUGCGAGCGGUUCGAAGCUUUCGAACGGCACCGGCACACUAGUGAAGUCGAUCAACGUGAACGGGGGCGCGAUCGGGAACAACACCCCGAAGAUACUGGUGAAAUCGUUCAACGAGUCCGACACGGCCACGAUAAAGCGCAACUCGCACGGACCAAACAACAUCCGGCACGCACGUCAGCUCGAGAUGGACGAGGAUAAGUACUGA